AUGGGUGAGGGUUCGUUUCAGUUCAAAGACACGCUCCUAGGGGAAAGAAGUUCACGUGGUUUCGUAACUAACGGCCUACUUCGGAUUUACAACGACAGCAUGGAAAACGCCCUUUCAUGCUGGCUGACCGAGCACAACUGUCCGUACACACUACAGAAACACAAGCCUUCUAUCCUAUCAGCAGGAAGAACAAACAGGGAAUGGGGCUCGACAUGGGGAAACCGAAUGUACAACCGCGUCAUCCAGCUUGACAGAGCAUACAACUCCAUUCGUAUACGAGCCUUGACGGCCGAGGAAGAGCGCACAGCUUCCAAGGCACUCAAUAUGGCUGUCGUGGCCUUUGCAUCGCAAUGGGCUCAAGCAGGUGACCGAGGUUCGCGGGCUCCGCCAACAGACUACAACUUUUCAACGGACGAAUUCCCAGAGUCGAACUACUUUGAGCGAUCUAUGCAAGAAGGUCUGUGGCACCAGACAUCCCAGAUACUGCACCGUGCAGCUGGCAUCGAUUCGUUCCGCGUCGUCUUCGCAAUGAUCAUCUUCUCGCUCACGCAGCGGCCUCUCGAUAUAUCCCGCCCAUUUCCGUACAGCGUGUCCCAGCUGAAAGCCAAGUACGAAUACUUCAAGAGCAUUAUACAAGAUGAUGAAGCACCAAUAUUUCUUGAACUAGCAUUACGCCAGAUGAUGGCUCAGCGACGCACACUGGAGCGUGCAGAACAAGCCAUGCCUAGAACCGCAGAGGGAGAGUUCCAAGACCCUCUCGGACAAGAGGACCGCGACACAUUCAAUCUGCUGUACUGGCUCGGCGUCAUGUUCGACACGCUAUCAGCUACAAUUUCAGAACGUACAGUAGUCGUCGACGACGAAGACUGCGAACUCCCUCGACCAGAGAGCCGCAAACCCGCACAGCCCACUCCUCCCGCCGCCGCCACAUCAGCCUCGACUGCAUGGCCAGUAAUACCAAACAUGUUUAACACCCAGUUUCAUCCUGUGCCCCCAGACGCCACCAUGGAUGCCCUGACUGUGGACAGUGAAGCGUCCAAGAACCCAGAAGACAACAAAGUAUGGGGCAACUUGUUUAUGCGCAGCUCAGACUCGCAAGCAGACCCCGAAGCAACGAGAUGGCCGUGCAGUUACAAACUAGCAGCUUCAACACUGAGUUCCGCCGCGCCGGUAAAAGUGCUAUUGUAUCGACGGGUAUCCCAGAUUCAAACGCUUGUCUCGCGACGAGCGUCAGCAGAUAAAAUAGAAUCCGCCAUCAACGCCGCCUUCCAAGUAUACACGCAUUGGUCCCGCACCUACGCCCCCUUCAUCUCAGACUGCAUAGCCCACCACGCCACACUCCCUACGCGUAUUCAAUCCUGGUACAUUCUCCUCGCAGGCCACUGGCACCUCGGCAUCUUCCUCCUCUCAGACCUCUUGCAUACAAUCGACACUGCAGCCUUCUCGCUCCCCAACGAGCGCGCCUGCCGCCUCGCUGCCAACCUCGUGGCUACGCUGCGUCGUCAAAACGCGUUCGCAGUUGCGGAUCUGAGUCUCGCGAGUAUACAUUCGUCGACACAGAGCGAAGAAGACCUUGCGAAUGCAGCUGCUGCAGCUGCAGGUGUGCCACGCAGUGAAUUCCACUUUGCGCUCGGUGAAGCAGCGUUAUUGACGGAACCCUGGACUAUCGUCUUCGUCCGCUCCCUAUGUAGAGCAGGUUACAUACUCGUUUCCAUUGCUGCCUCGACGGAUUCCACGCGUGACGAACGCGAGCAAGCGCGGUCGCGGUGCGGGGAUUGCAUAGAAGGACUCUGGUAUCUCGGCCGGAAAUCCGACAUGGCGUUCCUGGCGGCCCGGUGUCUGAGCAGUAUGCUCGAUGAUGCGGUUAUGGAGAUGGGAGGGGGACGAAGCGCAGCGGCGACAGCGACGACGACGACGACGGCGGCGACAACGGAGGAUGAAGACGAAGGAGGACACACGACUGCGAGUGAGAAGAGUUCUACCCCUGGUGUUUCUGGCACUGCACCCAUGUCCAUAGCCACAGCGGAUUCUACUCUGUUCUUUCAAAACUGGGGGUUGGAUGAUAUCAUGGGUGAUACUACUCACUCACACACUCAAAGUCAUGCCGCUGGACCAUCAUCACCAUCAUCAGGCCAACAACAACAACAACAACAACAACAACAACAACAACAACAACAACAACAACAACAACAACAACACCAACCUCCCAACUACUCCCAUCCUCCUCCCCCUCCGUCCAGCAGCUACCAAGGCUCUGUUGCGACUAGCUACCCAGACUCAGAAGCUCAGCUUCCGCUGGCUGAUAGCGAUAUCUUGGACUUCCAGGCGCCAUUGGAUUUGGAUGGGUCCGGGGUCUGGGAUUUUAAUAUGCACUCGUAG